UCUUCCCUGGGCGCCAAAUUCAAAUCCGCGGACAUUUUGAACGAGCGGAAUCCCGGUUCGCAGCGCGCCUGGAGCUAAGGGGAUCCUCGCGUUGUUCUCGGGAUUCAGAGGAGAGGGCGCCAUGGCGCCCGGCUCCAAAACUGAAUUACGCAGUAUGACAAAUUGUCAGUCUAACCAGCCAAGUAAUGAAGGUGAUGCCAUCAAAGUUUUUGUGCGAAUUCGUCCACCUACAGAGGGUUCUGGAUCAGCUGAUGGAGAGCAAAACUUAUGCUUAAGUGUGCUCUCCUCUACGACUCUCCGGCUGCACUCCAACCCUGAGCCCAAGACCUUCACUUUUGAUCAUGUUGCCGGCAUGGACACCACUCAGGAGUCUGUGUUCUCAACUGUGGCCAAAGGCAUUGUGGAAUCUUGCAUGAGCGGGUAUAAUGGCACCAUCUUUGCAUAUGGACAGACUGGCUCAGGGAAAACGUUUACUAUGAUGGGACCAUCUGAAUCUGAUAAUUUUUCUCAUAACCUGAGAGGAGUAAUCCCACGAAGUUUUGAAUAUUUAUUUUCCUUAAUUGAUCGUGAAAAAGAUAAGGCUGGAGCUGGGAAGAGUUUCCUUUGUAAGUGUUCCUUUAUUGAAAUCUAUAAUGAGCAGAUCUAUGACCUACUGGACUCUGCAUCCGCUGGACUGUACUUAAGGGAGCACAUCAAGAAGGGCGUCUUUGUUGUUGGUGCGGUGGAGCAGGUGGUGACCUCCGCGGCUGGAGCCUAUCAGGUGUUGUCUGGAGGAUGGAGAAACAGGCGUGUGGCCUCGACAUCAAUGAAUAGAGAAUCCUCGAGGUCUCAUGCAGUCUUCACGAUUACAAUAGAGUCAAUGGAGAAAAGCAGUGAGACAGUAAAUAUACGAACCUCCCUACUCAAUAUGGUGGAUUUAGCAGGAUCUGAAAGGCAAAGAGACACCCAUGCAGAAGGGAUGAGGUUGAAGGAAGCCGGUAACAUAAACCGAUCAUUGAGCUGCCUGGGCCAAGUGAUUACAGCCCUUGUGGAUGUGGGAAAUGGAAAACAGAGGCAUAUUUGCUACAGAGAUUCCAAGCUCACCUUCUUACUCCGGGAUUCCCUUGGAGGUAAUGCCAAGACAGCCAUCAUCGCAAACGUUCAUCCUGGAUCCAGGUGUUUUGGGGAAACCCUAUCAACGCUGAAUUUUGCUCAAAGGGCCAAGCUGAUUAAAAAUAAGGCAGUGGUAAAUGAGGACACCCAAGGCAAUGUGAGCCAGCUCCAAGCUGAAGUGAAGAGGCUCAAAGAACAGCUGGCCCAGCUCACUGUAGGGCAGAUACUACCAGAAAGCUUUCUGACCAGAGAGAAAGAUGAGACUGAUUACAUGAAGUAUUUCAAAGAGGCAAUGUUGUUCUUUAAGAAGUCUGAACAGGAGAAGAAGUUUCUGGUAGAAAAAGUUACCCAGUUAGAAGACCUCACCCUCAAAAAAGAGAAAUUUAUUCAAUCUAAUAAGAUGAUUGUGAAAUUCCGAGAGGAUCAAAUAAUGCGCCUGGAGAAGCUCCACAAGGAAGGGCGGGGAAGUUUUCUGCCCGAGGAGCAGGAUCGUUUGCUGUCGGAAUUAAGGGAUGAGAUUCAGACUCUGCGAGAACAAAUAGAGCACCACCCCAGAGUUGCCAAAUAUGCUAUGGAAAAUCACUCCCUCAGGGAGGAGAACAGAAGACUAAGAUUAUCAGAGUCUGUGAAAAGAGCCCAAGAGGUGGAUGCGCAGACCAUUGCAAAGCUAGAGAAAGCUUUCCUUCAAGUAUCUGGCACAGAGAAAAACGACAAAAGUCAGCAAGGAUUCUCUCCUAAAGUUGCAAAAGAGCCAUGUUCAUUAGCAAACUCUGAGAAGCUAAAAGCACAACUCCUGCAAAUGCAGACAGAACUGAACAAUUCAAAGCAAGAGUAUGAAGAAUUCAAAGAACUAACUAGGAGAAGGCAGCUAGAAUUAGAAUCAGAGCUUCAGUCUUUGCAAAAAGCGAACCUUAAUCUCGAAAACCUUUUGGAAGCAACAAAAGCCUGCAAGCGGCAAGAAGUUUCUCAGCUGAAUAAAAUUCAUGCUGAAACCCUGAAGAUUAUAACUACACCAACCAAGGUUUAUCAAAUUUGGCCUCGACCAGGAUCAAAAUUAAGCCCUGAAACAGGGAGCUUGGGGUCUCCGUAUACUCAGAAUUCUAGCAAAUUAGAUAAUGAUAUCUUAAAUGAGCCAGUUCCACCUGAGAUGAAUGAACAAGCUUUUGAAGCCAUUUCUGAAGAACUUAGGAUGGUGCAGGAACAAAUGAGUACUCUGCAGGUCAAGUUGGACGAAGAAGAGCAUAAAAACCUGAAGCUUCAGCAGCGCAUUGACAAACUGGAGCAUCAUUCUACACAAAUGCAGGAGCUUUUCUCAUCAGAGAGAACGGAUUGGACCAAACAGCAGCAAGAGCAUCUCUUACAAUUGAAUGUCCUUGAAAAGCAGCUUCGGGACACUCAAACGAAGAAUGACUUUUUGAAAAGUGAGGUCCAUGACCUGCGAGUAGUGCUUCAUUCUGCAGACAAGGAGCUGUCUUCGGUGAAAUUGGAGUACAAUUCAUUCAAGGAGAGUCAGGAGCAAGAACUCAGCAGCCUUUCUGAAAAGCACGUGCAUAUCCAGCUUCAACUAGACAGUGUCAGGUCAGAGAAUGAAAAGCUUCUUGAGAGCAAAGCCUGCCUGCAGGACUCCUAUGAAAACUUACAAGAAGUGAUGAAGUUUGAAAUUGACCAACUUUCAAAAAGCCUCCAAAACUGCAAAAAGGAAAAUGAGACUCUGAAAUCUGAUCUGAAUAAUUUGAUGGAGCUUUUCGAGGCAGAAAAAGAACGCAAUAACAAAUUAUUAUUACAAUUUGAAGAAGAUAAAGAAAACAGUUCUAAAGAAAUCUUAGAUGUUCUUGAGUCUGUGCGUCAGGAGAAACAGAAAGAGAUGGUCAAGUGUGAGCAGCAGAUGGCAAAAGUACAGAAACUGGAAGAGAGUUUAUGUGCUACUGAGAAAAUCAUCAGUUCUCUAGAGAAGUCUAGAGAUGCUGACAAGGAAGUUGUAACUGACCUCAUGAGCCAGAUCCAGCAGCUGAGGACGUCAGUUCGUGAGAAAACAGAAACCAUAGACAGCCUGAAGCAAGAGCUGAAGGACAUCAAUUGUAAAUACAACUCUGCUUUGGUUGACAAAGAAGAUAGCACCGUGUUGAUUAAGAGACAGGAAGUGGAGAUUCUGGAUCUGAAAGAAACCCUUAGGCUGAGAAUAAUCUCUGAAGAUAUAGAGAGGGAUAUGCUCUGCGAAGACCUGGUUCAUGCUACUGAGCAGCUGAACAUGCUCACCGAGGCCUCGAAGAAGCACUCGGCGCUCCUGCAGUCCGCCCAGGAGGAGCUGAUCAGGAAGGAGGCCAGGAUCCAGGAGCUUCAGCAAGAGUUAAAUCUAAAGAAAGAGGAAGUAGAACAGAAGAAGAAUGAAUAUAACUUCAAAAUGAGGCAACUAGAACAUGUGAUGGAUUCUGCUGCCGAGUAUCCCCAGAGUCCUAAAACACCACCUCAUUUUCAAACACAAUUGGCAAAACUCCUGGAAACACAAGAACAAGAGAUAGAAGAUGGACGAGCCUCUAAGAUUUCUUUGCAACACCUUGUAACAAAGCUAAAUGAAGACAGAGAAAUCAAAAAUGCUGAAAUCCUCAGAAUGAAGGUAACUGGCUCUCCCGCCACAGCCCCUCACCCCCUGAACAUGUACGCUCUCACCAAGUGCAUCUCCACCUCCUCCUCGGGCAGCAGCACCUCUCAGCUGCCGAGCCAGUCACUGUCUGCAGUGGUGCCGAGCCGGCCCAAGACACUGACAGAUGAGAGCCUGAGCCGCUUGGCAGCCUGCAAUAAAUUAGUUGAAGAAAUGCUGAGAAUGAAAGCAGAUCUAGAAGAAGUCCAGAGCGCCCUGCAGAGCAAAGAGACAGACUACCUCAGAAUGACCGAGGAAGUGGAACGAACCAGAACGUUGGAGUCUAAAGCGUUCCAAGAAAAGGAACAACUGAGGUCAAAGCUGGAAGAAUUCUAUGAAGAAAGGGAGAGAACACUCCAGGAGAUGGAAAUGUUAAGGAAGCAGGUGGAGUGUCUCGCUGAGGAAAAUGGCAAGUUGCUAGGACACCAGAACCCAAACCAGAAGAUCCACUACGUGGUGCGGCUGAAGAGGGAGAACGUCCGGCUCGCUGAGGAGACAGAAAAGUUGCGUGCUGAAAAUGUAUUUUUAAAAGAAAUGAAAAAGAGUUUCUGAUGAACUUCUGCACCCGUACACGUCCGGUGGCACUCAGCCACCUGCUGUGUGGAGGGCAGCACCACUGCAGGGCUCAAACCAACUGUGAACUCCAGGGAAACCCUUUGCCUCUUAAAAUAAAAGUCUAUCACUGAUGUUUACAGUGGACACUGGUCAGGCUACGUGUCCCUGAGCUACUAACCUGAUCUCCCUGAGUCUUGCGUCAGAAGCUCCCACAAUAGUCAGUGCCCCCAAAACUUGCAGUGGGGGUCAUGGCUGAUGGUGCAGCGUGUGUACAAAGCAAACUUGUUAAUAUAGAUUAUUUUUAUAUUCUUACUUGAAUUCUCAUGCACAUUUUUAUGACUGCAAACAUGGCCAUUUUUCAAAAUGUAAUAAAUCUUUUUCAAAUAAACAGUCCAAUAAAGAA